CUGCCGUAAAACCUCAAAAAAGAAGAAGACGAAGAACCACAAUGGCGGCGCCCUCUAGAGUGGACUGCUGCUUGUCGAGUUGAAGCCAUAAGCGACUAUAUUCUUGUCUUCCGAGUUUGAAAACGAUCUUUUUUUUUAUAUAUAUAUAAGAAUGGACACCGCAGGAGAGGACGAACCGGACCUUAUAAAUUUGAAGUCCAUCAAGAAUAAUAAAACAUUCACAGUGCCUCAAAAUCAUAGGUUUGGAAGCUGCAGAAGUGUCAGAGAGUUUGAGAAACUCAACCGAAUUGGAGAAGGAACUUACGGCAUUGUUUACCGAGCCCGUGACACUAAGUCAGAUGAGAUUGUAGCAUUAAAGAAGGUGCGGAUGGACAAAGAGAAAGAUGGAAUCCCCAUCAGUAGCCUCAGAGAGAUCACCCUGCUGCUGAGGCUGCGACAUCCCAACAUAGUGGAGCUGAAGGAAGUGGUUGUAGGCAGCCAACUGGAGAGUCUGUUUCUGGUGAUGAGUUACUGUGAACAGGACCUGGCCAGUCUGCUAGAAAACAUGCAGACGCCAUUCUCUGAGGCCCAGGUAAAGUGUAUUGUUCUUCAGUUGCUUAAAGGCUUGGAGUAUCUCCACCACAACUUCAUUAUACACAGGGAUAUGGUUUUUAUGGAUGUGUUUUUUGUCCCUUUGUUCCCCCUGUAUACAGCUGAUUUUGGGUUGGCCAGGAUGUACGGUAUCCCCCAGCAGGCCAUGACCCCCAGAGUGGUUACACUGUGGUACAGAAGUCCAGAGCUCCUCCUUGGGACCAAGACCCAAACUACAGCUUUAGACAUGUGGGCAGUAGGCUGUAUCCUGGCUGAGCUGCUGGCUCACAAACCUCUGCUGCCUGGAAACUCUGAGAUCCAGCAGGUCGACCUGAUAGUUCAGCUGCUGGGAACACCCAAUGAAAACAUCUGGCCGGGUUUCUCUCAGCUGCCUCUCAUUGGUCAGUACAGUCUGAGGAAGCAACCGUACAACAACCUGAAGAAUAAAUUCACCUGGCUGUCCGAUGCUGGACACAGACUACUCAACCUGCUCUUCAUGUAUAACCCACAGCGCAGAGCUACUGCAAAAGAUUGUUUGGAGAGUUCCUACUUCAAAGAGAAACCUCUACCCUGUGAACCGGAGCUUAUGCCAACCUUCCCCCACCAUCGGAAUAAACGGGCUGCUCCUCCGGCAGAGGGCCACACGAAACGGGCCAAAGUAUGAUCAGGAUGGUGAUGAUGAUGAUGAGAUUCUCACUCAAAUGUUGGACGCUAGGUUCUGUUUCCACUGCAUGCGCGGGUUUCGCUCUUAAGGAUGUUAAUGAGUUGUACUGUGGAAUUUUGAGCGUGAAAACUAGUUCCAGUAGGUUUCAGAUUGAAAUCGUUUUAAGCCAAACAAGUUUUGUUACAGAUCAUAACAAUACUAGUUACACAGGACUAUAAUGUUACACAGGACUAUAAUGCAAUCAUUUGACCAUUCAAACACACAUUCUGAAAUGUAGUUACAGGUGUUUGCAGCACUGUGGACUGCUUAUAGGCACAUUAGAAAUGUCCUCUGUUUGCCUCUGGAUUAUUUCUUAAAAUAUCUAUUAAACUAAAUAAGUCCUAAGUAAUGAGGUUGCCUUGACAAAUAUACUGAAGUACUUUAUUCUGGUGUGGCGAGCAUUUGUUGCACAUUUUUAGAAUUGCCAUUACAACUUACAGCUAUCCUAUGAUUAGUUUAGAUCCCUAACAAUAAAACUGUGAAAAGGCAUGAUAAGUAGGAAGUGUGUGUGUGCGUGCGUGCGUGUUUAAUUCAAGGGGUUUCACAAAAACA